CAAAACAUAUUCAUACAUCCACAUUCUUAAUUCAAUUCUCCUCUCCUACUGUUGACCUUUGCAUGAACAAUUAUUCGGCCUAAUAUUAUAUUAGCAAAACAGUCUCAUUCACAUUUGGUUUGCCUUAUUUGAUCCGUCUCAUUCAAUAUUCAAUUAUUAAUUCAUAAUCUAUUUAAAGAUAGUACGUGUUCUUGGUCCUUACAAUCACAUAAAAAUUUCAAUCUUUUCUAAAACUUACCUGAUUAUUUGUCAAAAAUAUUAUUCAAUGGCAACUGCUAUGGGAUAUGUUGGGGCUGCUUCUUGGAUUAGUUUGACAAAGAAGAAGAUGAAGGGUGAUAAAAUUAGAUUUAAUGUUUCUUGUAUAUAUUCGCCUUCUGUGAGUAAUCCUUACAAGACGUUGAGGAUUCAACCUGAUGCUUCUGAAACUGAUGUCAGAAAGGCUUUUAGACAGCUUGCUCUUCAGUAUCACCCUGAUGUGUGCAGAGGAAGUAAUUGCGGCAUUCAAUUCCACCAAAUUAAUGAAGCAUACGACACUGUGAUGAGUAACUUGAGAGGUGAAACCAAGAGUGCAGAGAUAUUUGAGGAAUUCGCUGAUGAUGAUUAUGAUUCCAUGAGAGGAGUUAAUGAUCCAGAUUGGGAUAUGUGGGAAGAGUGGAUGGGAUGGGAAGGGGCUGGCAUUAGGGACUAUUCUUCACACAUCAACCCUUACAUUUAAUCUUUAAUCUGGAUUACUAUAGUGUUUUUGUGAAAUACCAAAAAGAAAACCCAUCCAUCUCUUCAAUUUAAAGAUGGUUUGAGGUUUCUGUACAAACUCAAGUGGGAAGAUGGAGGAGUUGUAUAUUUUGUACAUAGAUGGAAGCCUAUCCUCCUUUGUAUUUACCGAUUAUAUAAUGAUAAUAAUGCACGGAUUAUAUAUCAAUGAGAAUUUACAUUACUGGAAAA